CAUAUGAACCUAUUCUGGUCAGUAGAUAACCCUUCCUUCGUAUUAAGCUAUUGUAUUAUCAUAUAAUGUGGAAGACUCUUGCGCUUGUCGCGGACGAGGAGGUCCGGGUGACCGAGGAGUCCGUGCGAUCAAGCAAUGCUGCCCUGAAUAAGGCUGCAGUGGAGUUGCAAGAUAAAAUCAAGUCAUUGCUGGGCCAGUAUGCGGGCAGCGGCGACGCGGCCGGGCUUCCCGGCAUUGUCGAGGGCGGCAUCGCCGGGGGGGCCCCGGCGCCUGGCGAGCGCGCGGCCAUAGAGCAGGCGUCGGCACUUCUGGGUCGGCUGGUGGAGCAACCCCCCUCUUUGGAUUCGGGGGAACCCAACCCAAAUCAAAUCCUCACGCCGCGCUCACUGCCGGUCGCACGCGACCACCGACUCGGCACCGGCGCCGCGCCGGGCGCGGGUGCGGAUGUGGGCAUUUUUGGCGCGGGGGCGGGCGUGGGAGCGGGCGCGGGCGGCAAGGGCGCCGGCACAGGCGCCGGAAUCAACAAGCUGCGGCCGUACCUGCAGACCGACGUGCCCUCCCUCAAGUGGGAGGUGUGCGCCAUCCCUGGAGCCGAGCCCAGCACACACGGCGCCGGCGGCCUCUCACACCCGGGGCAGCGCUCCUCCCGCGGCACCAUCGGAGCCGGCGGCGGCGGCGGCGGCGGCAGCCGGCGGCCGCUGUCUGCGGCGGCGGCGGGCGGCGGCGGCGGCGGCGGCAAGCCGGCGCACCUGGAUCUGGUGGUGGACCGGGCGGAUGCGAUGGACGCGGAGGCAGAACUGCAUAAGAGCCGCGUGGACGUGGCGUUUGACUCCCAGAUGGACCUGCGGGCGCUGCACGUGGACGUGAGCCCCAUCGGGCUGCACCACCUGCUGCUGGGGGAUGCGGUGGCGCUGGACAGCCUGCCGCAGCGGGACGACAUGUUGUGGUACAAGAUGUACUGCCAGGAGCAGCUCAUGGCCGACACGCGGCACUACCUGGUGUCUCUGUUCCACACCGCCGCCGACCCCGGCGAGGCCUGGGCGCGCAUCACCGACGCCUUCAUGCACGGACUGGCGCUGCCCGACCCAGAGGCGGCGAGACGGGUGGGGCGGCUGAGGAAGCACGGCGCGGACGGCGCAGUUGCGGAGAUUGUGGUGAAGCGCUGGACGCCGGAUUCGUACCCGGGUCGCUUCAUGGAGCUGCAGAAGACCAUGGACCGCUGGCUCAAGGAGCUGCUGGAGCAGCGACAGGACACACUCGAGGAGCAGGAACAGGCCAGGGCCGCAGCAGCCGCAGCCGCCACGGCAGGCGGCGGCGCAGCCACCGCCUCUGCCCAUCGCGCCAGCGCCGCCGCCGGCGGAGACGGCGCCGCCGCGCCGCCACCCGCCGCCGCGGCCGCCGCCGCCGCCAACGGCCCGGCUGUGUCGUACCACUAUCUGGAGUACGACUUCGCGACGUACAAGCUGAACAUCAUGCCGUUCACCUACCUGCAGCUGGUGGGGCAGAAGCUGCUGUUCCACGCCACACAGCAGGUGCCCUGCCUGAUGGAGCUGCCGGAGCGCAUCCCCGACUGGGUCAUCCGCACCCUGUACGCCAAGCCCUUCGCCGAGGCAGUGCGGCUGGCCAUCCAGUCGGCUCUGUCCGCCGCCAACGAGCCGCGCGGCGCCGUGAGUGCGCUGGUGGACGAGCGCGCAGCCGGCAGCAAGCAGUACCGCACACUGCUGCAGAGCCGCGACGAUCGGCGACGUCGCGAGGCGCGCGCUCGGGCUGUGGCCCAGGGCGGUGCCGGCUUCGGCCCCGCCUCCGACGACCUGGUCAGCACCUGGGGGCCGCUAGGAGGAGGCGGAGGCGGAGGCGGAGGAGCAGGCGGUGGAGGUGGAGGUGGAGGUGGAGGUGGAGGUGGAGGAGGCGGUGAGGAUGAUGAGGGCGGCGGUGCGGACGACAGCGAGAGUGCGCUGGAGCAGGCGCGCAACGCGCUGGGGUUCAUCAUGUACCUGUUCAAGGACGUGGCCGCCUUUGAGAAGGGCUUUGGCGACAUCCUGUGCGGCUCAGUGCUGCGCCACCCCGCCCGCCGCCAGGACAAGGACCCCGACGGGCGCGCAGUGCCGGUGACGGAGCCCACGCUGCCCUCCGUGCCGGCAUACAGCGCCGCCGCCUACCUGGCCAUCCUCCACGAAGAGGUGUCGGCGGUGGUGCGCGACAUGCGGCCCGCACUGCGCAACUUCAUCACACACAGCCUCAUGAGCGCCGUGCAGGCCUGCCUGGCCGCCGACUCGGGCCGCGCCGCGCCCUACCCGGUGCUGGUCAGCCACGACGCCUGGCCCAAGGCCGAGUUCAUGGAGCUGUCCGACCUGGACUAUGUGCAGGCCCAGAUCAAGGCCGCGGGUGGCUCCGUGGCGGCGGCGCUCUCCACCGCCCAGGCCGCCGCCCUCUCCACCGCCGGCGGCGCCGGCUCUGCCGGCCCGUGCAGCCCGGGCACGCCCGCCAGCGGCGCCGGCUCCUCGCCCGCCGCCAGCGACGGCGGCGCCGCGCCCGCCUCUCCGCACGGCACCAAGUCUCGCAAGCCGCAGCCACCGCUCGCGACCGCCAUGAUGCGGCAGCUCUACUCCCGAGCCUCCUCCCUGUCAGGCGUGUCCACGGGCGUUGACAGCAAGGCUCAGAGCUCGGGCGGCGCCUCCGGCGCCACCAGUGGCGGCGGCGCCGCCACGCCUGGCGGCGCGCGCGCGCCUGCACCCGGCGUGUCCGCCGCCGCCGCCGCCGCCGCCGCCGGUGAGACGCCGCUCAAGGGCGGCGGCGCCGCCAGCCCGGCCGCCGACGCCGGCUCACCGGCAGACAGCGCCGCGACCUUGCCAGUGGGGGCUGGCGGCACGGGAUCCGUGGAGGUGGUGGUGGCGCUGCCGGAGGCGGCGGGCGGCGGCGGCGGCGGCGGCGGCGGCGCCGCCGGCGGCGGCGCGCAGGAGGAGGAGGAGGACGGCGGCGGCGGCGGCGGCACGGAUGCUGACAAGGACGCGCCGGAGUUUGUGGAUGUGGUGUCGCAGCGGGUGCUGGAGUUUGUGGCGUGGCUGCUGAGCUGCCUGGGGCAGUACCCGGAGACGGUGCAGGCCAUGCUGGCGGCGGCCACGCUGGAGUGCCUGUCGCUGCUGAUGGACCGGCUGGCGACAGUGUGCACCACACUGCACGAGAUGCCGCGAAGCCCGCUGCCGCUCAUGUUCCUGUUCCACAGCGCGGCCUGCUGCGUGCGGCGGCGGCUGGAGUCCUUCAAGCGCGGGCUGGACGUGCUGUGGCACGACGAACAGUACCUGGCGCUGCUGCAGCAGCACGGCGAGUGCCUGGUGCAGGUUCGGGUUUAUGUGGCAGCUCUGGCUAACUCCUUUGAGUCCGAGGGCAGGUGAGGAGGAGGUGGUGGUAACUGCCAGCCCGAACGAAACCGUGGGACUAAACCGAAUCAGGCCAAACUAGGGGAGGAGGCAGUGUAGAAUAAGUUGGGAAGGGGAAGGGGAGGGAGAGGGAGGCCAGUCGAUGGGGAGGAGGAAGUGCGGCCC